GAAUGGAGCAUAUCCAGCAUUCGCAGUCCGGCCCCCUUCCUCUCUCGGCCCAUGAGAGAGAAAAGAAAAAUGAGAGAGAGAUGAAAGCGAGCCGUCCGAUAUGCCGGGACCGUCGCCGGGACCGUGUCUGCUCCUCCAACUGCUCCUUGUCCUCCUUCUGCUCCUCCCUACAGGAGAUCUGCGUGGCCGUGUGGACGGAGUCUAACGCAAGCGUGUCCGUGCGAACCAUGUGCCACAAUCCCGCGCUGCCGUUGGAUGGCGCGGAGGAAACCGAGCUUCUGCUGGGCUCAACGUCUAACGAGUGUCAAAUGACUGGAGCGGCAAAGACUGCCCGGACUGCGCAACCGGCCGUGACCUUGCAGGUGUGCGCUUGCCGUGGCGAACACGAGUGCAACGACAAGCUCAUCUUCCGACGCGAUGCUAACGGUUUGCCUUCUGUGUGGGACAAAGACGUGAUCCCGGCGGUGCUGGUCAGCCUGGUCCCGCUCGUCGUGGCGCUGGCAAUAGUCGCCACCCUCUACUGGACCUCCAAGCGACAAAGCCGCAAAAGAGCCCCCUCCGGACUUUGGAGCCCGCUGGCCCACCCGGACCCGAGGGGAAAAAACACACCGGCAGCCCCGUCCGGCACGCCCAAGCCGGGACAGGCGGACCGGUCGCCGGCCGUCCAAAUGGAAGCGGCGGUGGGCGGCGGUCGCUUUGUGCGGGUGUGGAGGGCCCGGCUCCUGGGUGAGAGUCCAAACCAAGCGGGCGGCGGCGGCGGCAGCUCUGUGAUCGCGGUGAAAGUUUUUCCCCGCGCCGAGGUAGCGGCUUGGAGGCACGAAGGCGCCAUCUUGGCUGACGCCGGGAUGCAGCACCGCAACAUCGUCCCAUUCUUGGGGGCGCAGGUGAGGGGCGGGGCCUACUGGCUGCUGCUGGCCUAUCACAGGCUGGGAAAUCUUCGAGACUUCCUGACAGCCAACGUUCUGGGCUGGAAGCGGCUGCUAACGAUGGCGACCGGCUUGGCGCGAGGCCUGGCGCACCUGCACAGCGACACCCUUUGGCCGUCGGGGUCGCCCAAGUUGGCUUCGGGGCUACGUUUUGGGGUCGGGGGUGAGGAAUCGGGCUGCUUAGGGUUAGCGGCAAACGGUGUCGGUGGCUCACCGCGACGUGAAGAGCGGCAACGUGCUGGUGAAGGACGACGGAGACGUCGCUCUGUGCGACUUUGGCCUCGCCGUCAAACUCCACGACGAGCUCACCGCGGACGACUUCGCCAACAGCGGCCAGGUGGGCACGGCGCGCUACAUGUCUCCGGAAGCGUUAGAGUCUCGCGUGAACCUGGAGGAUGGCGGCGAGUCCUUCAAGCAGAUGGACGUCUACUCCAUGGCGCUCGUCCUUUGGGAGAUGGCCUCGCGAUGCCGCGUCGGCAGAGUUUAGGGGGAGUGAGCGUCAUCGCUCCGAUCGAGUCUCGCCGGAACAGGAACAGAAUGAUAGCUGAGAAGGAAGAAGAAGAGCUGCAAAAAUGGAAGGAGGCUCACAGACUCGCACACGUGCACACGACGCCACAGAGACUCGGCGGCCACGCCUCCUUGGCCCAAGUCCGGGAGAAACAGUUGGCGGACUUGCGUUGCUCCAAGAUCCAGAAGAAGCUCAAACAGGAAACUUUGGCGAAGAACAAAAGACAAGAAGAAGAAGAUGCGCUCCAGUGGAAGAAAGACGAACAGAGACAAAAGGCCGAACGUCUGGAGCAACGGAAGACGGCGGAGCGACACGCCAGGCGGGAAAACCUCCGUCGGGAUCACGCCCGGGUGAACUCGGCCUUCUUGGACAAGCUGGACCGGCACGGCGGAGGAAGCCCGGAAAGACGGACGAGCGAGGCGCCGCCCGGCGCCGGUGGACGCCACGGACCCGGACCUCGUGGUGAGGACGCCGUCUCUGGCGAGGCCGAGGAGUCCGACCGAGAUGAGUACCAAGAGCGGUACCGCUACAAGAACCUGGAAUGGGCCUUGAUGAAACUGAUGGCAAAGUUUCCAAACUUCAGCAGACUCUUCCUGGAGGACAUUCUUGACCAGUGUAGUGGCGACUACCUGCAGGCGUACGCUCUACUCGAGGGCUCGAUGACUUGAAGUCCAACGACCCAAAUGCAGGCCUGGUGGAGCGCUUCUAUGUUGUGAGGAUUUUUGAAUUAAAUGCGGGCCGGGUUUUGCGAGAUAAGAGACUUCGCUUGCUCUAUUUUUUUUUUUUUUUUUUGCAUUGUGUUGCGAGCCAGAAACUGAUCAAACUCAAGUCCAGAUGCUUGCAGAGACCAAAAGCCUUGUCUGGACAUUUCCAGGGACCAAGAUUCAAGUCCAGACCCUUCCAGAGACCAAACGUCACGUCCGCAUGGCUCCAGAGACCAAAACUCGAGUCCAGAUGCUUGCAAAGACCAAAAUCCUUGUCUGGACCUUUCCAGGGACCGAAAUCCAAGUCCAGACCCUUCCUGAAACCGAAAGUCACGUUCACAUGGCUCCAGAGACCAAAACUCGAGUCCAGAUGCUUGCAAAGACCAAAAUCCUUGUCUGGACCUUUCCAGGGACCGAAAUCCAAGUCCAGACCCUUCCGGAGACCAAACUUCACGUCCACAUGACUCCAGAGAAUAAAACUCGAGUCCAGAUGCUUGCAGAGACCAAAAGCCUUGUUUGGACCUUUCCAGGGACCAAAAUCCAAGUCCAGACCCUUCCGGAGACCAAACUUCACGUCCACAUGACUCCAGAGAAUAAAACUCGAGUCCAGAUGCUUGCAGAGACCAAAAGCCUUGUCUGGACCUUUCCAGGGACCAAAAUUCAAGUCCAUACCCUUCCUGAAACCGAAAGUCACGUCCACAUGGCUCCAGAGACUAAAACUCGAGUCCAGAUGCUCGCAGAGGCCAAAAGCCUUGUCUGGACAUUUCUAGGGACCAAAAUCCAAGUCCAGAGACCAAAAGUCUCGUCCACAUGCCUCCAGAGACUAAAAGUGGAAUCCAGAUCCAAAGGGCCAGCCACUCUCGAGCUGACUGACGAGGCCACGGCCCUUUUCCGACCACUCGGUCGCGGAUGUGCGGCAAAGUGGCGUUCUCUUGUCUUCUGGUCUCUUGUGUUUGUGGCGCGGCGGGCCGAUUGUUGCCAGCCGCUGAUCUCGGGGCAUUUGCUGUGUUGUUGUCUGCAAGCUCGAGUGAGUUACUUUUUCCUUUUUCUUUUGGGGUUUUCGCAGAGGGUCAGCAGCAUGACUCAAAAUCUUCCAUCUUGGCCUGGUUUUGAUGGCCCUGAAUUGAGUCAGCCGCAAGUGGAAGCGCUCCACCCAAAUGCGGGGCCGAUGUCCCCCUUUUUGUUUUUCAGGAAAGUAAUCUUCUCAAGAAACCGCCGGGAGUUGGACUCGGGGUCGCUUUACGCUUUUCCAAGCAUCCCGUGGCGCGCUCAAGCGUAUGAAUGUAAAUAUUCUCUCCCACUUCAUGCCGGCGGCUGUUUUUGAUGGAAAGCUCACGUCGCUGAUUUGUUUUGUUGUCUGUUUUUGUUUUCCAAAUGACAAAUGUCUGUGUUAAAUUGGGAAGAUGCUUCCAAUUAAAGGCUGAGAAAUUCAA